UGUGUGCAAGGGGGCGUUGCUGAUAUGGCAGAACUAUGAUAAAACCCAUCGGCAUCUUGGCUCAGUCCCACUCACACCUGGAGCUCCGGGACAGAGGCUUCUCACAAACGAGGACAAGUCAGGGAAAAUGGUGAAAUUUGGAAUCAAUGGAUUCGGCCGUAUUGGUCGCCUGGUGACCCGUGCUGCUGUCAUCACUGGAAAAGCCACCGUGGUUGCCAUCAAUGACCCCUUCAUUGAUGUGGAUUACAUGGUAUACAUGUUCAAGUAUGAUUCCACUCAUGGACGUUUCCAUGGUGAUGUGAAGGCAGAGGACGGAAAGCUGGUCAUCAAUGGCCACGCUAUCACCAUCUUCCAUGAGAAGGACCCUGCCAACAUCAAGUGGGCUGACGCUGGUGCUGACUACGUUGUGGAGUCCACUGGAGUGUUCACCACCAUCGAGAAAGCCUCUGCUCACCUGAAAGGAGGUGCCAAGAGGGUGAUCAUCUCUGCCCCUAGUGCAGAUGCCCCCAUGUUUGUGGUGGGUGUCAACCACAUGAAAUAUGAUAACUCCAUGAAGGUCGUCAGCAAUGCCUCCUGCACAACAAACUGCCUGGCUCCCCUGGCAAAAGUCAUCCAUGAACACUUCAGCAUUAUUGAGGGACUCAUGAGCACAGUACAUGCCGUCACAGCCACCCAGAAGACGGUGGACGGGCCCUCUGGCAAGUUGUGGAGAGAUGGCCGUGGUGCCAGCCAGAACAUCAUCCCCGCGUCCACUGGCGCUGCCAAGGCCGUGGGCAAGGUCAUCCCUGAACUCAACGGAAAAUUGACUGGCAUGUCCUUCCGUGUCCCCACCCCCAACGUAUCGGUUGUUGACCUGACAGUCCGCCUGGAGAAGCCUGCCAAGUACGACGAAAUCAAGAGGGUGAUUAAGGAGGCAGCUGAGGGACCCAUGAAGGGAAUUCUGGGAUACACAGAGGAUGCCGUGGUGUCCACUGACUUCAACAGUGAGGUCCGCUCCUCUGUCUUUGAUGCCUGCGCAGGCAUCGCCCUCAAUGAGCACUUUGUCAAGCUCGUCUCAUGGUACGACAAUGAGUACGGCUACAGCCACCGUGUCAUCGACCUGAUGCUCCACAUGGCCACAAAGGAGUGAAGCUGUCAUUCUUCAUAAAGCGUGUCCUUUCCAAAUGCACCUUUUACCAACCACCUGCAAAGAUCUAUCCAACAAUUUGGCAACUUUUUAAAGCACUCUGUUCUGUGUGAGUAAACUAAUGACAGUGUGUAAAUCAAUAAAGUUUUGCACAUCUGUGCCACCACUGAACGCACAGCUGCUAGCUAUGUCACAUAAUAAAGUCCUCAGUUUGUGAGAAAA